CCUCCCUUCAUAAGAACAUAAAAAUGACCAUACUGAAUCAGACCAAAGGUCCAUCCAACCCCACAUCCUAUCUGCCAACAGUGGCCAAUGCCAGGUGCCCCAGAGGGAGUGAACCUAACAGUUGCCCUUCUGGCCCUGCCAGGCUGCAGGAUGUCGUCCAUGUUUCGCUCCAGCUCAUCCCAUCCUCCCAUGGGACAGGGAAGGGAAACGACUGCAGAAGAGCCAGUUCAGGGGCCGGUGACUUUCGAGGAAGUGGCUGUGUAUUCCUCCAGAGAAGAGGGGGCUCUGCUGGACCCCACUCAGAGAGCCUUCUACAGGGAUGUCAUGCAGGAGAACUAUGAGACAGUGACCUCGCUGGAGUUUCCAGUUUCCAAACCUAGUGUCAUUUUGCACCUGGAACGAGGGGAAGAGCCGUGGGUCCCAGAUCUCCAAGUCUCUGAGAAAGAAGUGCUCCCGAGAGCUGCCUACACAGGCGCAGGGAGUGAUCUAUGUCUGGAUUCUCUCUGUCUGCCAUCAGGUGAUGGGAUAGUGAGUGAUAACAAGGAGGAGAAACCCCAGCAGGAAGAUGCUGAGCAAAUAGAAGCACAUGGGACAUUACCAGGAAGAUCCAAAGGGAGUGUUUCUGGGAUUUGUGCACGCCCAGAAAAAGAAAAAGCCUGUGAGACUGAGCAGAGGCCAGAGGAAAACUUCAGUAGCUUCUCAGACCUUAUUUCAAGUGAGAGAAUCAACUCGGAAGACACACAUUACACAUGCCAUGAGUGUGGGAAAAGCUUCAGUCAGCGCUCAAACCCUAUGACACAUCAGAGAAUCCACACAGGCGAGAAACCCUACACAUGCUCUGAGUGCGGGAAAAGCUUCAAACAGUGCUCAAACCUUAUCACACAUCAGAGAAUCCACACAGGCGAGAAGCCCUACAUGUGCACUGAGUGCGGGAAAAGCUUCAGACAGUGCUCAAACCUUAUCACACAUCAGAGAAUCCACACAGGCGAGAAGCCCUACAUGUGCACUGAGUGCGAGAAAAGCUUCAGACAGCGCUCAAACCUUAUCACACAUCAGAGAAUCCACAUGGGAGAGAUGCCCUACACUUACUCUGAGUGCGGGAAAGGCUUUAGUGAGCACUCAAACCUUAUCAGACAUUGGAGAAACCACACAAAGGAGAAGCCCUACACGUGCACUGAGUGUGGGAAAAGCUUCAAACACCUCUCACGCUUUAUCACACAUGAGAGAAUCCACACAGGGGAGACGCCCUACACAUGCUCUGUGUGUGGGAAAAGCUUCAAUCAGCGCUCAAACCUUAUCACACAUCAGAGAAUCCACACAGGCGAGACACCCUACAAGUGCACUGAGUGUGGGAAAAGCUUCAAACAGUGCUCAGGCCUUAUCAUACAUUGGAGAAUCCACAGAGGAGAGACGCCUUACACAUGCUCUGAGUGCGGGAAAGGCUUUAGUGAGCACUCAAAGCUUAUCAGACAUCGGAGAAACCACACAAGGGAGAAGCCCUACACCUGCACUGAGUGCAGGAAAAGCUUCAAACAGCGCUCACACCUUAUCGCACAUCAGAGAAUCCACACAGGAGAGACUCCCUACACUUGCUCUGAGUGUGGGAAAAGCUUCAAUCGGAGCUCUGCCCUAGUUGCACAUUGGGGAAUCCACACAAGGGAGAAGCCCUACACAUGCUCUGAGUGCGGAAAAAGCUUCAAUCAGCGCUCACACCUUAUCAAACAUCAGAGAAUCGACAUAGGCUGUGGAAUAAUGUCCAUGUUUCACUCCAGUUCAUCCCGUCCUCUUGUUGGACACGGGAGAGAAAUGGCUGCAGAGGAGCCAGUUCAGAGGCCGGUGACCUUUGAGGAGGUGGCUGUGUAUUUCACCAGGGAAGAGCGGGCUCUGCUGGACCCCACUCAGAGAGCCCUCUACUGGGAUGUCAUGCAGGAGAACUAUGAGAAUGUGACCUCGCUGGUAGGGUUUCCAGUUUCCAAACCUGACGUGAUCUCACAGCUGGAACGAGGGGAAGAGCCAUGGGUCCCAGACCUCCAAGGCUCUGAGAAAGGAGUGCUUUCAAGAGCUGCCUGCACAGGUAAUGAUCUAUGCCUGGAUUCUCUCUGUCUCCCAUCAAGUGAUGGGAUAGUGAGUCAGAAUGAGGAGGAGAAACCCCAUCAGGAAGAUGCAGAGCAAGGAGAACCACAUGGAACUUUAUCAGGAAGAUCCAAAGGGAAUGUUUCCGGGAGUUGUGCACUCCCAGAGAAAACAAAAGCCUGUGAGACUCAGCACAGGCCAGAGGGAAACUUUAGUAGCCUCUCAGACCUUGUAACAAGCAACAGAAUCAACUUGGAAGAGAAAUGCUACACAUGCCAUGAGUGUGGGAAAAGCUUCAAUCAGAGCUCAAACCUUAUUAGACAUCAGACAAUCCACACAGUUGUGAAACCUUAUGGAUGCGCUGAGUGUGGGAAAUGCUUCAGUCGGAGCUCAAACCUUAUCACACAUCAGAGAACCCACACAGGAGAGACGCCUUACACGUGCACUGAGUGCGGGAAAAGCUUCAAUCAGAGCUCACACCUCAUCACACAUCAGAGAACCCACACAGGAGAGACGCCUUAUAUGUGCACUGAGUGUGGGAAAAGCUUCAUUCACCGCUCUGUCUUUAUCAGACAUCACAGAAUCCACACAGGAGAGACGCCCUACACAUGCGCUGAGUGCGGGAAAAUCUUUAGUCAGCACACAAAUCUUAUCACACACCAGAGAAUCCACACAGGAGAGAAGCCCUACACAUGCUCAGAGUGCGGGAAAAGCUUUAAUCAGAGCUCUGCCCUUAUGAGACAUCGGAGAAUCCACACAGGAGAGAAGCCCUACACAUGCUCUGAGUGCGGGAAAAGCUUCAAUCAGAGCUCAAACCUUAUGAAACAUCAGAGAAUCCACACAGGAAAGAUGCCCUACACAUGCUCUGAGUGCGGGAAAAGGUUCAGUCAUUGCUCAAGGCUCACUAGACAUCAGAAAAUCCACAUGAGAGAGAAUUGUAAUAAAUCCCUUGACUAGGGUUGGCUAAAACAAUUUAAAAAAAUCACAUUUGCUAAUUCACACAUAGUGAUUUUGCAUCAUCUUCAUCGUGGUCUCUCAGCUCCAUCAGAUCAGUUGCCUUCUUCUGCCUUUUGCAGCUCAUCCUUCUUUGGGGUCAGUCCUAUGAUCUUUUCUAUCAACUCCUUUCCUAUUGAGUCAUACGAGUGUGUGUCCCUCCAGCCAGGAAUGUUCAUCAGUUCCAGUUUAAGAAAGAGAUGUUUGAUCCCAACAAGAUACACUGAGGCAAAAACUACCUGUGCCUUCCAUCCACUAGGACUGUACAUGGCGUUGGCUGCUCAAGUUAGUGAUCUUGGUGUAAAAAGUUGUAGUGCAGAUGCAGCCCAGGUGCAGUGGUUGGCAUUAGCUUUCCCCUUGACCUGACCUAAACUCCACCACUGUUCCUAGUCUAAACUAACCCUGAGAAUCACAGUUAUCCUAUUCCUCCAUUUCAAAGCCACUGUUAGUCAUCGAGUUCUCCCUUGGGAAACAAAUUGUUUAAUUCCCAGUUGCUCUGAUGUUGCUUCAGGUUGUGCUGGAGAGCAGAUAUUUUUAUUAUCAUUUUCCGCACUUAAAAUAUAUUGAACUAUAACAAAGAGCAGGAACAGGGCAGGGAUAGGGAAAAAUGUCAUUUCAUCCAUUGUAAUAACAGACGUAGUUAGGGUAAGUCAGAGAGAUUCCCUUAUUCCCCAUCACUAUCCUUCAAUCCGUGCUAGAAUCUAGGAAUCCUUUUCCUUUCCCCAGUUGUGGGAUGUGAGACUUCCAAAAGUGCUCCCUGUGCUAUAGCACAUGUUUAAGCUCAGAGAAUAAACCCCAAAUAUCCCCUGAGUUUUGCUUUUUGAAUUCUAUAUUUCCGAUUACUUCAAGCCUGGGCAUUGUGAUUAUUUACCAGUUUCUCUAGCACUGUUCCUACCACUGUUUCUGUAAGAUAUUUUGAUUUUUAUGGGACAGGGUUGUUAUUCCUUUGCCUAACUCGAACCUGGAAGGCCAGGGUGUCUGUUUUCUCUGGCCCCUCCCCACAGACAAAUCUGACAGGGUUGAACUUGCCUGGAGCAAACAAAAAGCCCCACCAGUCACACACACAAAGCAGAUAGACACACACAAGAAGCAGAAGAAACUGAAUUAUUUGAGCUAUCAACAUUUCCACUUUCCCACAGCAUGUUAGUUCUGAAGCUUGUUUUAAUUUGUUUAUUUUCUUGGAACCAGAACUGGGGAAAGAGAACACUGGAGUCAGUGGAAUUACAGCAGGAAGGGAUAAAUCUCAUGAUUCGUCACUAACCAAAGGCUUUGUAAACAGAGUGAUAAUUAUCAGGGGCUAGUCAUGUUAGUCUGGAUCUGUAAAAGCAGCAAAGAAUCCUGUGGCACCUUAUAGACUAACAGACGUUUUGGAGCAUGAGCUUUCAUGGGUGAAUACUCACUUCGUCAGAUGCAUGCAUCUGACGAAGUGGGUAUUCACCCACGAAAGCUCAUGCUCCAAAACGUCUGUUAGUCUAUAAAGAGUGAUAAUGUUAUUGAAUGGUCUGGCUAACCCUGCAGUUAGAAACAAUCAGCUCUAUGGGUGGUAAAUUGACAGAGGCUCUGCUGCUGAUCAUGAAAUAGCAGCUGUUGAAAGGUAAUGUGCUUCUAUUUCAAUGCUUCUGGAAGUACAGAAAACAAUGAUCUGUGUUAAAGGAAAGUUGCCAUUUCUCAGAGCCCCAAUUUCUAUUGUGUGUUUACAGGAAGGUUUGAAUGUGUAGCAGGUAGUUUGGUAAAGCUUAGCUAUUGUAUGUGUGUAACAGGCUCCUGCCCACCUCCACCAGAGGUUUCAGUCACAUACUAUGGCAACUUACUGAAUGUCAUGCAAAUUAGUCCAUUCCUCCCCAUAUUCAGUCUCUGACCAGAAUGUUAGAAUGAGGCAGAGAACUGGGAAAGUAUCACAGUAGGAAUACAUUAAAAAGUGGGAUUAAUCAGAGCUGGGGUACAGACAGAGCCUAUUUUACAGCUGGUGAAGUGACAGGGACACACUCCCACUAGUGCUGGCUCUGAAAUAACAGCAGAAGCAGAUCAAAGAGAAUGAGCUCCUGUGGGAGCUGUGGGCAGCUGCCCUGUCAGUGCAUCACUCACCUGGCAGGUGUUACACAAAACACAGCACUUCCCCUCUGGAAGAGAAACACUUCCUCCCACUGCCACCACUUCAUUAUAUUGUCCAUGGGGCUGUUUGUCCUGCAGGACUUUGAUCUCUUCGGGUGGUCCAUGGUGAUUCAUAAAAGAGCCAUUAGGGGAGCAGGAGUCAUCCCAAUGGAAAUCUCUUCACUUCCUUCUCAGUGUUACUUUCUUAGCCCUGGCUUUGGAGAUGACCUUCGCCUUAUCCUGUCUUGAUUUUAGGUAGGAUUUUGAUCACCUUCUGGGGUGUGGCAAUUUAGAACAUUUGAAGGCUUUUCUCUGCCCUUUUGUUCCCCCCUGCAGUCAGUACAUUCUAGACAUGGGCAUGGUGACCCUUCCUGAGGAUCUUGACAGCUUUAGCCAGCUUCUUGGGGGCUAUUUUCCUGCUCACAGCCACUGUCUUCUUCUCAUGACUUGUCCUGGGGGCCCAGCUGCUGGUUAAAUGGGAAGGAGCCAAAGUGCUGGUGACUUUGUCCUGCACCUAGUUGCCUUUGCUUGUCAGACUCCUGAACCCCAGCUUGAUGUGGCUCUUGUUCUUCUGCACAGCACAGCCCUGGAGAAGAGGGAUCUGCAAAUGUACAUUCCUAUGAUCCCUUUGUUUAAUGGAUGAAAACAUAAAGUAGACACUUAGAGGAUUGGAACUGAUUUCAGCUGAUGGACAGGUUUGCUAGGUUUUUGUGCAUUUGGAAAGCGAAAUGUUCAGUGUUUACCUUCAUUUCAAGCAUCCCCGUAUAGUGGAGCUCCUGAACAUAGUGGAGAAUGGAAAUCAGUAUGUUUUCCCUUUUUUCAAAAAUAAAAAUAAAAAAAAAGAGGCUUAUUAGAGGGCACUUGAAUUUGAAGCAAGGACCACUUGAUCUGCAGUCAAACACUCUACCACUGAGCUAUACCCCCAUGAGAGCAGAUACUUUCCCCAUUGUAGCUGAAGCACAUCAAUAAUUCCAAUAGCAGGGGCAGGUUCUUUCUGGGGCACAGAGAUUUUUUUGGGAGUUGGUGGCUCCUUUCUUUCCUCAUCACAGAGUAAACUCAGCUUUUUAUUCUGUGGUUCGUGUUUUACGGACUAACAGCAGCAGCUUGAAGAAAGAGGAGAGUGAAUAUCUCACUGUCAGAGCUGAAGGUGGCCACGUCCCCUCUGUCUGAGCGUUACCAUUGCAGGAGAGAAGGUUUCAACGGAAUUGAAUGCCCUGGCUCAGCCUAGAGACACAGAAAGGUUUUGCUGUUCAUUGAACGGCAAAUGAAAUUGUGUCUGUAUGUGAAACUGAGGAAGGACAUGAAAUGCCCACAGGAUGGCGCAAUGCCUUAAGCUAAGGCAGGAGGGUGAAGGAAUGGGGCUGAGGAAUGACUGAAGUGGACUCACCUGGGAUUGAAAUGACAUUUGUUUGUGUCGGGUAGUGAGAAAUGUGACAUGAAUUCAGAUGCAGGGUUGAGGCUUCUUUAGCUCCUUGUAGAACUUGAACUUGAUUUCCCAGAAGGGAGAAAGGGAAAGUCUUGGGCUGCCGUUAGUCCCUGGCUGGAGCAGUGUAUAAAAAAGGCUCCAGAGAGGCAGCUGGCAAUUACAGACCACUAAGGGUAACUUCAGUGCCAGGCACAUUGGGUGAAAUUGUAGAGCCCAAUUAUUAGACACAUAGCUAAAGAGUCUUUGUUGGAUGUAGCGGGGUGGUUACUCUCUCCUGCCCUACGGGGGUUGAAACAGCCCAGAGGAGGGCUGUGGCUGGGGCAAGAAGCCUGGGCUGACUGAGGAAAGUAGGCUCAGCUGUGGCCAUGCCCCAAUCAGGUCCAACUGGCCCCUAUAAGAGGCUGUGAGCCAGAAGCCCAGUCAGUCUCCCUCUGCUUGUAAUGAGAGAAGGGCCUAGCUGCAGGGACCUAAGCAAGACAUCUAGCUUGGGAGCAGGGCUGGAGAAGGGCCAGAGGAGCUGGGAGCUCUGGCCUGGAAAACCCCAGGCUGCAGGCCUGACUAUAGGCUGAAUAGGUGUAGGGUUGCAAUGGGGCAGCCCAUGGGGAAGCAGAGGUGGCAGGUCCAAACCCCUUUGCCUGUGAUGAGUGGCUCAUACUGCAGUCUGGCCCAGUGAAUGGGGGCUAGAUGAAGACUGGGCAAUAGCCAAGACUGAGGUGAAGUAGGGAUAGUGGGUGGGGGUUCCUGUGAGAGGGGGAGACCCAGAACUGUGGGGAUACUGCCAGGGUAAAAGGGGCACCGGGAUCCUGGGAGGGACAGGGGGCCAGUUGUGGUAAGGGAGAUCACCGGCCUGCAGAGGGUACUUUGAUGGCUGGAGAGCUAAUUCCCAAGAUAACCAGCAGGAGGCGCCACCAGGUGAGUCUGCCACCUCUUACAUUGGGGAAGAAUGAACAUGGUUUUUGUAAAGGAAAAUCAUGCCUCACGAAUCUACUAUAAUUCUUUGGAAGAGUCAACAAGCAUGUGGAUAAAGGUGAGCCCGUGGAUAUAGUUGUCAUAAACGGAUAAGUAAGAGUUAAUAAAACAGAAGUACUUCGUAUCUCUUUUACCUGUAAAGGGUUAACAAGAUCUGUGAGCCUGGCUGUCACCUGACCAGAGGACCAAACGGGACAGGAUACUUUCAAAUCUUGAGGGAGGGAAGUUUUUGUGUGUGCUGUUAGAAUUUGGUUGUUCACUCUGGGGGCUCAGAGGAACCAGAUGUGCAACCAGGUUUCUCUCCAAUCUCUCCGAUACAGGCUCUUAUAAGUUCGGAAUAGUGAGUACUAGGUAGAUAAAGUGAGUUAGGCUUAUGUUUGUUUUCUUUAUUUGCAAAUGUGUAUUUGGCUGGGACGAGUUCAAAUGUGUAUUUGGCUGAAAGGAGUUCAAAUUGGUAUUUUGCUGAAAAGAUUUUAAUUUGUACUUGUAUACUUAGGCUGGGAGGGUAUUCCCAGUAUCUAUAGCUGAAAGACCCUGUACCUAUUCCAUUUUAAAUUUACAAAAAUAAUUUUUACUGUUUUUCUCUCUUUAAUUAAAAGUUUUUCUUGUUUAAGAA